AUGGGUAUUAAAAAUUAAUCGCAUUUAUUAAAGAAUAAAUGGAAGUGUUGCAUGGGAACCAGACAGCUCAACCAAUGUCGACGCAGUGACAACCUACGCCCCGCAAAUCCAUCCUCGGUUGUCAGAAUCCAGCAAAUCACAGCACUCCAAAGUUACCCCAGAGCCUCGGUCUUGCCUUUCCCUCCGACGGAGCGUUUGCAGUAGCUCCAGUGCCUGGUCCGAACAUUUUGAGCGGAGAACAUCUCUGUCCUCCUUCCCCCCAUUUCCCCGAUUGCUCCAUAAGAACCUGGGGUAUUCCCAUCCUUUUGCACAUCAAUCGUCUUACGCUUUGCAAGAGCUUCUGUCCCCCUUUUGCUCCAUUUACUUUCAUCUUCCCACACAGUCUCGUACGCCGCAUUUCUGCCCAUCAUGUCAUAUAAGAUCCCCGCCAUUGCGGCUCACAAGGUUAGCCCUGAGGCUAAGCGCAUGCUUGACGUUGUCGCCAAGUUUGUCGAGGAAGAAUGUAUUCCGUAAGUUGAACCUGCUUCAUUCUGUCGUCUAGCUCGGGCAAUUGACGACUAACGCUUCGCUCUUCUUUUCUUACUACUAGUGCCGAUCCCGUUCUCGAAGCACAAGUCGGUGAGGGUGAUGACCGCUGGGAGAACCACCCCGCUAUCAUUGAAGAGCUCAAGGAGAAGGCUCGCAAGCUUGGUCUCUGGAACAUGUUCCUUCCCAAGGGCCACUACAAGGAGUCCCCCGGAUGGACCAACCUCGAAUACGGUCUCAUGGCUGAGUGGCUCGGCCGCUCCCGCAGUGCCUCUGAGGCUUGCAACUGCGCCGCUCCCGACACUGGCAACAUGGAGGUGCUCGCCAAGUACGGCAACGACGCUCAGAAGCAGGAGUGGCUUCGUCCUCUGAUGGAAGGCAAGAUCCGCUCUGCUUUCCUCAUGACUGAGCCCGAUGUCGCCUCUUCCGACGCUACCAACAUUGAGCUUAGCAUCCGCCGUGAGGGCAACGAGUAUGUCCUCAACGGCUCCAAGUGGUGGUCCAGCGGUGCUGGCGACCCCCGCUGCCAGAUCUACAUUGUCAUGGGCAAGACCGACCCCAACAACAAGGACCCGUACCGCCAGCAGUCCGUCGUCCUCGUCCCUGCCAACACUCCGGGAAUCACCAUUAAGAGAAUGCUGCGCGUCUACGGCUACGACGAUGCCCCCCACGGUCACGGCCACCUGACCUUCAACAACGUUCGCGUCCCCGUCAGCAACAUGGUUCUCGGUGAGGGCCGCGGCUUCGAGAUUAUCCAGGGCCGUCUUGGACCUGGCCGUAUCCACCACGCCAUGCGCACCAUUGGUGCCUCCGAGGUUGCUCUUGAGUGGAUGUUGAUGCGCGUCAACGAUGAGCGCAAGAAGCCCUUCGGCAAGCUCCUCCGCGAGCACGGUGUUAUCCUUGAGUGGAUCGCCAAGUCUAGACUUGAGAUUGAUGCUGCCCGUAUGGUCGUCCUCAACGCCGCCAUCAAGAUGGACGAGCAAGGCCCCAAGAAGGCUCUCACUGAGAUUGCCGAGGCCAAGAUUCUCGUUCCCCAGACCGCCCUUACCAUCAUUGACCGUGCCGUUCAGUCGUUUGGUGGUGCUGGUGUUUGCCAGGACACUCCCCUGGCCAACAUGUGGGCUGGUAUCCGUACCCUGCGUCUUGCCGACGGCCCGGAUGAGGUUCACUUGCAGCAGAUGGGCCGCAACGAGAACAAGAAGGGUAAGGAGGUCACUGACAAGAUCAAGUGGCAGCAAGCCAAGACUGCUGAGCUGAUGGCCAGAUUCAACGUCAAGAAGGCCGAGCCUGGCACCAGAAUCCAGCACGCCUCCAAGAUCUAAAAAAAGAAAUGACAAAAACACAGUAUAAUAAUAAAUUGUAGAAAAAGGAAUUAUCACGAACCAGUUUAUUUGUUUCUUUCCCUUUUUUCACUACGUUAUAUAUAGCAUGAUGCAAUGACAAUUCAUAUGGCUACAAACUUGUCCUAUCGUUUGGUUUACAUCCUCCUGUGACUGAAGUGAUUGGCCAAUGUCGAUUCCCAUCUAUUUGCGGUUCGGCACGCUGAGACGCGCGUGGCCACACCACCCGUGCAUCGCGAUGUACAGAGCAUGGCAAACAAUAUGUGAGACAGAGCUAAUGCAACCCAUCUGUCUCGACAAUUCGCAGCCUAUUAUUUGCCAUAGAAACCAAGGCUAACUUAAGCUGAGCCUAUGUGAUGGUCCCUGCACCAGCCAGUGGUACGUGCUGACGAGUCAUCAUUGCCUUGCAACGAGGACUCAUAACACCCAAUAGGCAAUCGACACGCGUGUAAAGCUAUGAUGUUAAAAUAUAUUAACAUUAAUAUUUACAUUUAUGCCAGCCAAACACACCCUGCAAUAAAAUAAAACGUCACAACACCUUCCUGGAC